AUGGCUGGGGCAGAGGGGUCCGCUGGGCGGCAGUCGGAGCUGGAGCCCGUGGUAUCGUUGGUCGACGUUCUAGAGGAGGACGAGGAGCUGGAGAACGAGGCGUGCGCCGUACUAGGCGGCAGCGACUCCGAGAAGUGCUCCUACUCGCAGGGCUCAGUAAAGAGACAAGCACUAUAUGCCUGUAGUACCUGCACCCCAGAGGGAGAAGAACCAGCAGGAAUUUGCCUAGCUUGCAGUUAUGAAUGUCAUGGAAGUCAUAAACUGUUUGAGCUAUACACAAAAAGAAACUUUCGUUGUGAUUGUGGAAACAGCAAGUUUAAAAAUUUGGAAUGCAAAUUAUUUCCUGACAAAGCAAAGAUAAAUUCUGGCAAUAAAUACAAUGACAACUUUUUUGGAUUGUACUGCAUUUGUAAGAGACCUUAUCCUGAUCCUGAUGAUGAGAUUCCGGACGAGAUGAUCCAGUGUGCGGUCUGUGAAGACUGGUUCCACGGGAGGCAUCUUGGUGCCAUUCCCCCCGAGAGUGGCGAUUUCCAGGAGAUGGUGUGCCAGGCUUGUAUGAAGCGCUGUUCCUUCCUGUGGGCUUACGCUGCACAGCUGGCGGUAACCAAAGUAUCUGCAGAGGAUGGUGGGUUAGUGCUGAAUGUUGAUGGAAUAGGUGAUCAGGAAGUCAUCAGACCAGAAAAGGGAGAUCAUCAAGAUAGUACCCUCAAAGAGGAUGUUCCAGAACGUGGAAAGGAUGCUGUCAAGGAAGUUAAAGCGGAGCAGACUAAUGAACCAUGUACCAGCUCAAGUUCUGAAUCUGAUCUCCAGACAGCAUUUAAGAAUCAACAUCUCAACAUGGAAUCACAGUCUGGCUGCCGACUUCAAGAGCUUAAUGCCAAGCAGUUUCUAAAGAAAGAUACUGCCACCUAUUGGCCCGUGAACUGGCGCAGCAAGUUAUGUACCUGCAAAGACUGUAUGAAAAUGUAUGGCGAGCUAGAUGUCCUGUUCCUGACAGAUGAAUAUGACACAGUUCUGGCUUAUGAAAACAAGGGCAAGGUCGACCAGGCAGCUGACAGGAGAGACCCUUUAAUGGACACCCUUAACAGCAUGGACAGAGUCCAGCAAGUGGAACUUAUUUGUGAAUACAAUGACUUGAAGACUGAACUGAAAGACUAUCUCAAGAGAUUUGCUGAUGAAGGCACGGUUGUGAAGAGAGAGGACAUCCAGCAGUUCUUCGAAGAAUUUCAGUCAAAGAAGAGACGACGAGUGGACGGCAUGCAGUACUACUGCAGCUAGAGUGCGCGGCGGCGCUUCUGUCCAGGCCGCCGCGAAGGCCGCUUGCCGCACCGGGAAUAAAAGAGGCGUGUCUCACAUCUGGUCCCGCUCCGGCCUCGAGCUUCCUUUCCUCCUUAACGCCAGUAGCCGCAGUGUGGAUGCUGAGUUCACAGCCAGCGCCCUCUGACUCCGCUAACCGCAGCUCUUUCCCCAGAGCGCAGGCCCGCCGCCCGACCACCGGACAACCCCCAGGUUAUUUGCUUCUAAGUUGUAAGCAGUUUGGUUUAGUUUUGAGAAAGUAAACUAGUUUCUUUGCUAAUGAUUUGUUCUUUAACUCCUGAACGUGUCUCCCCUGCCACAGAGCUGUUGUCUCCCGGGACCUGCUCUGCGGGGCACGGUGGGAGCCCUCUUCCUGUCCUCCAGAACCCCUCUAGGUCCCUCACCCCUCUGAUUGUGGUGCCUUGGGUCAGCGCUUCCUCAGGCCUGGUCUCUGCCUCUUCUCCCACAUCCUUGCUUUCUCCAGUGUGGUCAGUGCUUAGAGGCGUCUGGAUACUUGCUUCUCCUGGGCCCGGCCUCCAGUGGAGCCAGGGGCCGAUGGUUUUCUGGGCUGGAUGUCUUUCGCAGGCAGGGAGGCUGGCUGAUGACAGGAUCAAGGAAGCCAACCUUUGUUAUGAUUUUACUAAUAAAUUUCAAGUGAAAAUGUCAUUCACAGUUCUCCUGGCACUAGAAUAUUCGAAUUUCAGUACUGUAGUACUCGCAGGGCUUCCUGGAGAAAAUUCGCCAGUGUACUAGUCCCUCUUCUGCUGCCUAGAAAACAGACCGGGUACUACCCUGUGAAAUCUUGGUGGUUUACAAAGUCCUCUGGAUUUCUUUAUAUUAUCAGGGAUAUUCAUAAGCAUAUAGUGAAAACGGACCUAUUUUGAUAUUGUUCUGUUAUGAAAAUGUUUUAGAACCCUAGUAAAUUAUUAUUUUCCCCCUAAAAUCUGUGUUGAAGGAAAAAGAUACUGGUUUAGCUUACUUGUAGCGAGCCAGGGUGGUGAGUGCCCUGUUUCGGAAGAGGCAGACGGUGUGUAAGAGAUUCCAAACUAGGCCCUAGGCUACACGAAUGAUGAGCUUUGUGUAAAUAAACAUUAAUGUCCACAGCUGGUUCUCUAAUGACCGUGAGAUCUGCUUUUGAAGAACCUUGUGGAUGGUUGUAUAAAACCCCAUACUUGAGGGGAAGUCCUUUCAGUUGGUAUGAAAUCUCUUGACGGCCCUCAGGCGAUGAUAAACACAGAGCCCUCGGUUGCUCUCCCUCCAGAGCGACAUGGUCUCUGCUGACAAGAGAUGACAUGCUUUAAGGUAUGUGACUCUAAGCAUCGGAGGCUUCGGGGCCGCAAGGGUGCGUUACUUUCCCUUCGUGUGUCCAGCUGUGGCAAAUACCAGUCCCUGGAUGAGAUGAACUCGGCCUGGGGAACAUCAGGGCCUCAAAGAAAUGGUCCAGCCCCUGGUUUUCUGCAUCAAGCCGCCUAAUUCCAGAUCCCCACGAAGAAUGAUGUGUGGGGCUGGGAGGUCCUGUGGUCACAGGAGAUGCUUGUGUGCCCUGCGCUGGCCUUGCAGAAAGGCUGGGUGGCCAAGCUCAGGACACCUCUCAGAUGGUGGGCGGGUCCCAGCUUGGGAGCUCGUGUCCGAGUCUGAGGACUCCUUGCCCCGUGCAGGGGUGCACCAGGGCGCCGCGGUGGCCGCAGGGUCCCGCGGUGGCCGCAGGGUCCCGGCUUCAACUGCCACGAGGUUCCUGGCUCCCGGGACAGGUCAGAGCCACGUCUCGGAGACCGUGCGCUCCUGGGCAGCACAGAGUACACGUCUCCCAGGGCCGAAGGGCUCCUCUAGAAAGGGACUGAUCCUUCUUUUACAUUAACCAGAUAAACCUCUUUUUUUUUGUUUUUGUUUUUGUUUUUUAACCUAUGUUCACAGCUAGUUUUCUUACCGACCGCAACGGACGGUCUCUUUUUGUGGAGACGGAUUUUGGCCAACAUGUGGCAGUUGAUAUAAAUGCAUGUUUUAUGCAAAACAAGAAUAUGGUAUUAGUCGCUUUUAAGGUACUCCAGCAUCAUAUGUACAUUUUUGUAGAAUUGUUACUGGACUUACAAUUACAUACUUCAAUCAGGUUUCUGUAAAAUUGAAAUAAAACCAGUUCAACAAAA